UGUGGUGUGUGACUUACUAGAUUUGCUUGUGUUAAUCAAAGUAUUGAUGACAUAGGUUUUUAUAAUAAGGUUGUCUUUUACAAUGGAGUACGUGGAAGCAGUGCUAACAAGCAUUGGGCUAUUGAAGGAUAUGUGGCCCUCCAUUUCUAAGUGCUUCAACUAUCACAAAAUUCUUGAUAAGAAUUGCAGAACUCUCAAAGAGAAAAUGGAGAGAUUGAAGAGUCGUGAACAAGAUGUCAAAAUUGAAUUACAAAAUGCACAAUAUCAGCGAAAGAAAGAAAAAAAAGAAGUUGAAAAUUGGUUGAAAGAAGUGCAAAAUAUGAAAGAUGAUCUGGAAAGGAUGGAACAAGAAGUUGGAAAAGGAAGAAUUUUCUCAAGAUUGGGGUUUCUAAGGCAGUCUGAAGAGCAUAUAGAAAAAGUAGAUGAGCUACUUGAACGCGGUAGAUUUCCUGAAGGGAUUUUGAUUGAUGUACUUCGAGAUGAAGGAAGGGCAUUGUUAACAACACAACUAAUAGGUGAAACUACAACCAAAAGAAAUUUAGAGAAGAUCUGGACAUGCUUAGAGAAAGGUGAAAUCCAAAGCAUUGGAGUUUGGGGAAUGGGGGGGAUCGGCAAAACAACUAUUGUUACUCAUAUUCACAAUCUCCUCUUGGAAAAAAAGGAUACUUUCGGCCUUGUCUAUUGGGUGACUGUAUCAAAAGAUUCAAGUGUUCGCAAGUUACAAGAUGUCAUUGCUGAGAAAAUAAAUUUAGAUUUAUCAAAAGAAGAAGAUGAAAGGUUAAGAUCUGCUUUAUUAUUUGAAGCAUUGCAGAAAGAAAAGAAAUUUGUGCUUAUAUUUGAUGAUGUGUGGGAGGUUUAUCCACCACGGGAGGUUGGAAUUCCAAUUGGAGUUGAUAGAGGAAAACUCAUAAUAACCACCAGAUCAAGAGAAGUGUGCCUAAAAAUGGGGUGCAAGGAAAUCAUCAAAGUGGAACCUCUUUAUGAGGAAGAAGCGUGGGAGCUUUUCAACAAAACACUUGAGCGGUACAAUGCACUUAGCCAAAAAGAAGAAAAAAUAGCCAAGGACAUUGUCAGGGAAUGUGCAGGUUUACCUCUUGCCAUCGUCACAACAGCUAGAAGUAUGAGUGUUGCAUAUGACAUUGCUGAAUGGAGGAAUGCAUUGAAUGAAUUGAGGGAACAUGUUAAAGGGCACACAAUUAACAUGGAAAAUGAUGUAUUUAAAAUAUUGGAAUUCAGCUACAAUCGCUUGAAUGAUGAAAAACUUCAAGAAUGUUUGUUGUACUGUGCAUUGUUUCCCGAAGAUUAUAAGAUUAGAAGGGUGUUGUUGAUCAGAUAUUGGAUUGCUGAGGGGCUUAUAGAAGAAAUGGGAAGUAGGCAAGCAGAGCGUGAUAGAGGGCAUGCUAUACUGAAUAAACUUGAAAAUGUGUGUUUGUUGGAAAAAUGUGAGAAUGGAAAAUGUGUAAAGAUGCAUGAUGUGAUCAGGGACAUGGCUAUCAAUAUAACAAGAAAGAAUUCUCGAUUCAUGGUGAAAACUAGAAGAAAUCUGGAAGAUCUGCCAAACGAGAUAGAGUGGUCAAAUAAUGUAGAAAGAGUUUCACUAAUGGAUAGCCAUCUUUCAACUUUGAUGUUUGUACCAAAUUGCCCUAAGCUUUCCACAUUGUUUCUUCAAAAACCCAAGUUUUCUUAUCCACCUAAAGGUCUACAUGAAGGUCUUCCAAAUUCCUUCUUUGUGCACAUGCUGAGCCUUAGAGUUCUGGACCUGUCAUGCACAAACAUUGCAUUGCUACCAGAUUCUAUCUAUGACAUGGUGAAUCUUCGAGCUCUAAUUCUUUGUGAAUGUCGAGAAUUAAAGCAAGUAGGUUCAUUAGCAAAGCUUAAGGAAUUGAGAGAGUUGGAUCUCAGUUGGAAUGAAAUGGAAACAAUACCUAAUGGGAUAGAGGAAUUGGUCCUCCUCAAACAUUUCAGUUGGAUCUCAUACCAUUCACGCCAGACAAUACUUCCCAAUCCUCUUUCCAAACUUCUUCCCAAUCUUCUUCAACUACAGUGUCUAAGACAUGAUGGUGAGAAAUUUCUGGAUGUAGGAGUGGAGGAGUUGAGUGGGUUGAGAAAGUUGGAGGUCCUUGAUGUCAAUUUCUCCAGCCUACACAAUUUCAAUAGCUACAUGAAGACACAACACUACCGGAGACUUACUCACUAUCGUGUUCGAUUAAGUGGAAGGGAAUAUUCUAGGCUUCUAGGGUCGCAAAGAAAUCGACAUGGUUUUUGUAAAGAAGUAGAAGUGUGGGAAUGUAAGCUGACAGAAGGAGGGAAAGACAAUGAUGACUACCAACUUGUGCUCCCUACCAAUGUCCAGUUUUUGCAGAUAUAUACAUGUAAUGAUCCCACUAGCCUAUUGGAUGUUUCUCCAUCUCUCAAGAUUGCCACCGAUUUAAAAGCAUGUUUGAUAUCAAAAUGCGAGGGGAUAAAAUACUUGUGGUGGGUAGAGGACUGCAUUGACUCAUUAAACUCAUUGUUUCUUGAUUUAUUGCCAAACUUAAGGGUUCUCUUCAAGUUGAAACCAACAGACAAUGUACGUUGUUCCAGUCUCAAGCACUUGUACGUGAGUAAAUGCCACAAUCUAAAGCACUUGCUCACGCUUGAGUUAGUGAAGAACCACCUCCAAAACCUUCAAAACAUCUAUGUCCGUAGUUGCAGUCAAAUGGAGGAUAUAAUAGUAGGAGUAGAAGAAGAAGAUAUAAAUGAAAAGAAUAAUCCCAUUCUCUGUUUUCCCAACUUUCGAUGUUUGGAGUUGGUUGAUCUACCAAAACUAAAGGGCAUAUGGAAGGGAACAAUGACUUGUGAUUCCCUUCAACACCUUUUAGUAUUGAAAUGUCGAAAUCUUAAAAGGCUCCCUUUUGCGGUUUCGGUGCACAUAAACGAUGGUAAUGGCCAAAGAAGAGCUUCAACACCACCCCUCAAGCAAAUCGGAGGAGACAAAGAAUGGUGGGAUGGGGUGGAAUGGGACACACAUCCUCAUGCCAAAUCUGUUUUUCAACCCCUAUUUGUACAAGGAAAAGGUUUCAGAUGGCUAAAAAACAAUUGGGUCACAAGUCGUUGGAGAGAGACUGUGGACAAUAUAUUUGAAGAAGUGUAA